AUGGAGCUAUCUAAAGUAUCUAUUUUGGGGAAUGAGAGUAUUCAUGUCGGAUACUCCAUCGCAGACCACAUUGUGGAAACAAUUGUGAAAUCUUGUGCAUCAUCGACUUAUGUGGUCAUUAACGAUACAAACGUGGAAAAGGUACCAUACCACAAUGACUUGCUACAGAAGCUGUGUGUUACAGUGGAGCGGGGUGGGUGUAGGCUUUUGAGAUACUCGGUGAAGCCGGGAGAAGCCCAUAAAACUAGAGAACAGAAGGCCGAAAUUGAGGACUUCUUACUAAGCGAAGGCUGUACUAGAGACACCGUGAUCAUCGCCAUUGGAGGCGGUAUUAUUGGUGAUAUGAUUGGCUUUGUUGCUUCCACAUUCAUGAGGGGUGUGCGUGUAGUACAGGUCCCCACUUCGCUGCUGGCCAUGGUGGAUUCAUCCAUAGGUGGUAAAACCGCAGUUGACACUCCUUUGGGGAAGAACUUCAUUGGUGCUUUUUGGCAGCCUCAAUUUGUGUUUGUGGAUAUCAAAUGGCUCGAAACUUUACCCAGACGCGAGUUUAUCAAUGGUAUUGCUGAAGUUAUCAAAACCGCUGCUAUCUGGAACGCAGAUGAGUUCGCUCGCUUGGAGGAAAAUGCGGAUAGCUUUCUGAACGUCGUGAAUGCGUCGAAGACUACGCAAGUCUCAAUCGCUGGCCAAACUCACCAAGUUUCCGUAACAAACAUUCAAUCCAUCUUAGAUCAUGUGUUUAAGUUGGUCUUGGAGAGUAUCAAAGUCAAGGCACACGUUGUAUCAUCUGAUGAACGUGAAGGCGGUUUGAGAAACUUGUUGAACUUUGGACAUACCAUUGGACAUGCCUAUGAAGCUAUCCUGACACCCCAAGCUCUACAUGGUGAAUGUGUUUCGAUAGGGAUGAUCAAAGAAGCCGAACUUUCGCGUUACUUGAACAUUCUGUCCCCGACUCAAGUGGCUCGUUUGACUAAGAUCUUGUCGGCAUAUGGUCUCCCUAUUUCUGCAGACGAAAAGUGGUUCAAAGAACUCACACUGCACAAGAAAACACCAUUAGAAGUCUUAUUGAAGAAGAUGAGUAUUGACAAGAAAAACGACGGUUCUAAGAAAAAAGCAGUCAUUCUUGAAACAAUAGGGAAAUGCUACGGUACAUCGGCCCAUCUGGUCUCCGAUCAAGACUUAAGGUUUGUGUUGACUGGUGAAGUUUUAGUUCACCCAUUUAAAACCCUGGAAAACGGUCAAGCGAGAACCAUUACUCCACCCGGGUCGAAGUCCAUCUCUAAUCGCGCACUCAUUUUGGCUGCUCUUGGAGAUGGGACAUGUAAGAUCAAAAACUUGUUACACUCGGACGAUACAAAACAUAUGCUUCACGCAGUUCAGCAGCUUAAAGGAGCCUCUAUAUCUUUCGAAGAUAACGGAGAGACUGUAGUCGUGGAAGGACACGGGGGCCAAACGUUAGAAGCAACUUCUGAGCCACUAUAUCUGGGAAAUGCGGGUACCGCGUCUCGAUUCUUGACGUCGGUUGCUGCUUUAGCAAAAUCGACAGGGUCUCAAACGAAUGUAGUUCUGACCGGUAACGCAAGAAUGCAGGAACGACCCAUAGGUCCACUGGUGGACUCCUUGAGAGCAAAUGGUACUGGGAUUUCUUACCUAAGCAAAGAAGGCUCGCUGCCUCUCAAAAUUGAUACCGAAUCCCACUUUAAAGGUGGUAGGAUUGAGCUGGCCGCCACUGUUUCCUCCCAAUAUGUUUCAUCCAUUCUCAUGUGCGCACCUUACGCGGAUGAGCCAGUAACCUUAUCUCUGGUGGGUGGGAAACCUAUUUCUAAGCUGUACAUUGAUAUGACAAUCAGCAUGAUGGAAAAGUUUGGAAUUCAUGUUGAAGAAUCCAAGACUGAAGCACAUACUUACCAUAUUCCAAAAGGCAACUAUGUCAACCCACCUGAAUACGUGAUAGAGAGUGACGCUUCGUCCGCUACCUAUCCAUUAGCCUACGCUGCUAUGACUGGUACCACUGUCACCGUACCCAACAUUGGGUUUGAAUCGCUUCAAGGUGACGCAAGGUUCGCUCGCGAUGUUUUAAAACCAAUGGGGUGCGUUGUUGAUCAAACUGCAACUUCAACUACUGUAACUGGUCCUCCAGCCGGUACCUUGAAACCCUUAAAGCAUGUUGAUAUGGAACCCAUGACGGAUGCAUUUUUGACUGCAUGCGUAGUGGCGGCUGUUGCUCAUGACAAGGAACCAGGGUCUUCAAAUGUCACCACUAUUGAGGGUAUUGCAAAUCAGCGUGUGAAAGAAUGCAAUCGUAUUUUGGCCAUGGUUACAGAAUUGGCAAAAUUCGGUGUUAAGGCCAAUGAGCUUCCUGAUGGGAUUCAAGUUUACGGUGUUGAGUCUUUGAAAGAGCUGAAGGUUCCGGCAUCUGUACACUCCUAUGACGACCACCGUGUGGCCAUGAGCUUUUCUUUACUAGCUGGUCUUGUCGCUUCCGACAGCGCCUCUAAGCAGCCGGUCAGAAUUUUAGAAAGACAUUGCACCGGAAAAACGUGGCCCGGCUGGUGGGACGUCUUGCACACUCAGCUUGGUGCUAACCUAGACGGUGCUGAAUCAUUAGAAUGUGAGUCAAAUAAUACGCAAAACACAAUCGUCAUUAUUGGCAUGCGCGCAGCUGGUAAAUCCACAUUGAGUGAGUGGUGUUCCAGCGCUCUCGGCUACAGGCUAUUAGAUUUGGACCAUGUCUUCGAGCAAGAAUAUCAAAGCGGCACCGUGAAAGACUUUGUGGCGGAACAAGGCUGGGAUGCAUUCCGUGCUGCAGAAACCAAAAUUUUCAAGGAAACGGUUGAACGGUUCCCCGAAGGUCACGUCAUAUCGACUGGAGGUGGAAUCGUCGAGAGUCCUGAGUCCAGAAAAGCGCUUCAACAAUUUGCUGACAAUGGUGGGAUAGUUUUGCACUUGCAUCGGGACAUCGGCGAAACGAUACAAUUUUUGAAAAGCGAUCCUACCAGGCCAGCAUAUGCGGAGGAUAUACAGGUCGUGUGGGAAAGGAGGGAAAAAUGGUAUCACCUCUGUUCGAACUUCUCCUUCUUUGCACCUCAUUGUGCAACCACUUUUGAAUUCGGUCAGCUAAGAAAAACUUUUGAGACUUACGUUCGUACAAUUAGCGGCCAUCGCAAGAUUCACAUUCCACAAACAAGGUCUGCUUUCGUUUGUUUGACCUUUGACGAUUUGACCCAGCAUAAGGACAAACUCGUAGAAGUCACAUAUGGUUGUGACGCAGUUGAACUACGUGUCGAUCACCUAAAGUCCCAUGAUAAAGAUUUUGUCAUCAAACAGUUGAGUAUGUUACGCAGCGUCACGAAUUCCCUUCCAAUCAUUUUUACAGUUAGGACGGUAAGUCAAGGUGGGUUUUUUCCGGAUGAAAGGCGAGAAGAGCUUCUCGAGCUAUUGAAACUAGCUUUGAAGUCAGGAGUUGAGUUCAUCGAUCUCGAAUUGACACUUCCUGUUAUGAUUCAGUACGCAAUUCUCAAUAACAAAAGAGGGACUAAGAUCAUUGGCUCUCAUCAUGACUUCCAAGCGAAAUUUGAUUGGAAUAAUUCCGAGUGGGAAAACAGAUACAACCAGGCCUUAGCUCUCGAUGUGGACAUUGUGAAGUUUGUGGGAACUGCGCGCUCGUUUUCUGACAACAUCGAACUGGAGCACUUCAGGUCCACUCACGUCAGUAAGCCUUUGAUCGCGAUCAACAUGACUGAAGCUGGAAAGAUGUCAAGGGUCUUCAAUACUGUUCUAACUCCAGUCACAUCGAGCGUACUACCUUCUGCAUCUGCCCCUGGCCAAUUGACAGUACGCGAAAUAAAUCAAAUUUUCUCAUCCUUAGGUGGUAUCUCAUCGAAAGAGUUCUUUGUGGUUGGGUCUCCUGUUGAACACUCACGAUCACCAACUUUACACAAUACUGCCUACCAAAUUUUGGGUCUUCCACAUAAGUUCGAGAAGCACCAAACAUCGUCGGCCGAGGAAGUCAAGCAACGGCUUCUUUCAAAGUCAAACCUUGGAGGUCUUGCUGUUACUAUCCCAUUGAAAUUAGACAUAAUGAACUACAUGGACGAGCUCUCUGAGUCUGCCAAACUGGUCGGUGCCGUCAACACAGUCAUUCCGUUACCUGCGGGUGGAUUUAAAGGAGAUAAUACCGAUUGGAUCGGCAUCUACGAUUCUUUUGUGGGCAGUGGGGUUCCUGAGGCUGUUGCAUCCACUUCGGGUCUCGUCAUUGGCGCUGGUGGUACAUCUCGUGCUGCCAUAUAUGCAUUGCACAAGUUGGGAUGUUCCACCAUCUACAGUGUCAACAGAACCGUGCAAAAAUCAUACCAAUUGAAAGAGCAGUUUCCGUCCGAGUACAACAUCCAGAUUUUGGAGACUCCUGAACAAAUUGACAGUAUCGCUGAAGGGAAUAUUGCCCUUGCCGUAAGCUGCGUACCGGCAGAUAAGCCUUUAGACGACAAGUUGUUGCUCUGCGUUGAAAGACUGCUAGCUAAAACAUGCAGCGUUAAGUUCAAACCUACAUUGCUCGAAGCAGCUUAUAAACCAAGUGUAACACCUAUCAUGGAGCUCGCUGCAUCCAAGUACAACUGGGAGGUCAUUCCAGGGGCCCAGAUGCUGGUUUACCAAGGUGUAGCUCAGUUUAAAUUGUGGACUGGGAUUACGGCGCCAUUUGAGCCUGUUUUCAAAGCUGUGACUGAGAAAAAAUAG